GGUGAAUCCAUUUCCUUCCUUCUGGAAAAAUCGGAGUGCCUUGUGUGUGUGUGAGAGAGAGAAGAUGGGUUGGCUGAGCCGAUUCCUAACGGCGGUGUCGUUCUUGGCAAUCGGAGUCAUAUUCUCGCCGGAGACAUUUGGGUCGUCAUCGGACGGUCAGAAAAUCCCGAAGCUCCUGACCUUCCUAAAAUUGGCUCAUCUCCUCUGCUUCUCCACAGCCUGGGGCGCUGCUCUCUGGGUCACUUUCAUCGGGGGCAUCAUCAUGUUCAAGCAUCUUCCGAGGCAUCAGUUUGGGAAUCUGCAGAGCAAGAUGUUCCCGGCGUACUUUUCGAUGGUGGGGACUUGCUGUGCCAUAUCGGUGGCGUGUUUUGGGUACCUUCAUCCAUGGAAGUCGUCUUCCCCAUCGGAGAAGUACCAGCUUGGCUUCCUUCUCUCUGCCUUCGCUUUUAACCUCUCCAAUCUCUUUGUUUUUACGCCCAUGACCGUCGAGAUGAUGAAGCAAAGGCACAAAAUUGAGAGAGAACAAAAUAUUGGAGAAGAAGUUGGGUGGACAAAGAACAGGGAAGUUGCAAAAGUGAAUCCACAGCUUGCAGCCAUGAACAAGAAAUUUGGGAUGAUUCAUGGGCUUUCUUCUCUAGCUAAUAUCUUGUCUUUUGGUAGCCUUGCCAUUCACUCAUGGUAUUUGGCAGGUAAACUCCGUCUCUAGAUUUUGUGAACUAUUUCCCUGCCAUUCUCACCAUGCUUCAUGUGUUGGCUCGCUUCAUGCUAAGCCAUCUGUACGUACUCUGAAUACAAAUACUUGUUUCUUCAAGAAAUUUAGUUUGUAAUUUUCAUGGGAUUAUAUGUGGAUAAUGCUCUAUAAAAGUAUAUUUUCUCGACUGCCA